AUGGUGUUUUCUUGGAGAGGAGGUCCGGAUUCCCGGCGACUGCUGCUCUCGCUUUGGCUGUUCACAAUCUGGGAAGCAGGGAGCGGCCAGCUCCAUUACUCCGUCCCCGAGGAGGCCAAACACGGCACCUUUGUGGGCCGCAUCGCUCAGGACCUGGGGCUGGAGCUGGCCGAGCUGGUGCCCCGCCUGUUCAGGGUGGCGUCCAAGGACCGCGGGGACCUUCUGGAGGUAAAUCUGCAGAAUGGCAUUUUGUUUGUGAAUUCUCGGAUCGACCGGGAGGCGCUGUGCGGGCGGAGCGCGGAGUGUAGCAUCCACCUGGAGGUGAUCGUGGACCGGCCUCUGCAGGUUUUCCACGUGGAGGUGGAGGUCAGGGACAUUAACGACAAUCCGCCAGUGUUCUCGGUGAAAGAACAAAAGCUGUAUAUUUCAGAAUCCAGAAUGUUAGACUCUAGGUUUCUGCUAGAGGGCGCAUCUGAUGCAGAUAUUGGUGCUAAUUCAAUUGUAACCUACAGACUUGAUUCUAAUGAUUACUUCACACUAAUUGUGAAUUCAAAGAACGAAGAAAAUAAACAGGUUGAGCUAGUAUUAAGAAAGUCCUUGGACAGAGAGGAUGCUCCUGAGCAUAAGCUACUGCUGACAGCCACGGAUGGAGGCAAACCUGAGCUCACAGGCUCUGUUCAGCUGCUAGUCACUGUGCUGGAUGUGAACGACAACGCCCCUACUUUCCAGCAGUCUGAGUAUGAAGUGAGAAUAUUGGAAAACUCAGACAACGGAACGACGGUUAUUAGACUGAAUGCUUCUGACAGGGACGAAGGGACGAAUUCAGCAAUUUCUUACUCCUUUAAUAGGCUGGUCCCAUCCAUGGUUCUCGAGCAGUUUAGCAUAGACACAGAUACAGGAGAAAUCAUAAUUCAAGGGAACUUGGACUUUGAGCAAGUCAAUGUCUACAAAAUCCGCGUUGACGCGACGGACAAAGGACACCCUCCGAUGGCGGGUCAUUGCACUGUUCUAGUGAAGGUAUUGGAUGAAAACGACAAUGUGCCUCAGGUCACAUUGACUUCCUUAUCCCUGCCUGUUCGAGAGGAUGCUGCACUGGGUACUGUCAUUGCUCUAAUCAGCGUUUCGGACUUGGACUCUGGAGCCAACGGGCAGGUGACCUGCUCCCUGACACCACAUGUCCCUUUCAAGCUGGUGUCCACCUUCAAGAAUUACUAUUCGCUUGUGCUAGACAGUGCCCUAGACCGAGAGACCACAGCUGACUAUAAGGUGGUGGUGACCGCCCGUGACGGGGGCUCGCCCUCUCUGUGGGCCACAGCCAGCGUGUCCGUGGAGGUGGCUGAUGUGAACGACAACGCGCCCGCGUUCGCGCAGCCCGAAUACACGGUGUUCGUGAAGGAGAACAACCCUCCUGGCGCGCACAUCUUCACGGUGUCGGCCACAGACGCCGACGUGCAGGAGAACGCGCUGGUGUCCUACUCUCUGGUGGAGCGGAGGGUGGGCGAGCGCUUGCUGUCGAGCUUCGUGUCUGUGCACGCAGAGAGCGGCAAGGUGUUCGCGCUGCAGCCUCUGGACCAUGAGGAGCUGGAGCUGCUGCAGUUCCAGGUGAGCGCGCGGGAUGCUGGUGUGCCUGCCCUGGGCAGCAAUGUGACUCUGCAGGUGUUUGUGCUGGAUGAGAACGACAAUGCUCCCACCUUGCUUUUGUCUGGUACAGAAGGCUUGGGUAGUAUGGCAACUGACCUGAUACCUAAGUCUGUGAGCGCGGGCCAGGUGGUUGCAAAAGUGCGGGCGGUGGACUCAGACUCUGGCUACAAUGCGUGGUUGUCCUAUGAGCUGCAGCCCUCAGUGGGCCCUCGCAGCCCAUUCCGUGUUGGAUUGUACACGGGUGAGAUCAGUACUACACGUGCCCUGGAUGAGUUGGAUGCACCCAGACAGCGCCUGUUGGUAUUGGUGAAAGACCAUGGUGAGCCAGCUCUGACUGCCACAGCUACAGUUCUAGUGUCACUGGUUGAGAGUAAUCAAGUGCCAAAGGCCUCUUCUCAGGCUUCAGGACGCUCUUCAGUCCCAGAGGUGUCACUAGUGGAUGUCAACGUGUAUCUGAUCAUCGCCAUUUGUGCGGUGUCCAGCCUGUUGGUGCUCACUUUGCUGCUGUACACAGCGCUGCGCUGCUCGGCGACGCCCACCGAAGGAGCCUGUGCUCCUGGGAAGCCUGUGCUGGUGUGCUCCAGCGCGGUGGGGAGCUGGUCUUACUCGCAGCAGAGGAGACAGAGAGUGUGCUCUGGAGAGGGGCCCCCCAAGGCCAACCUCAUGGCCUUCAGUCCCAGUCUUCCACCGCGUCCAGGAUCAGAGGUCAUUGGGGAAGUGCAAGAUUUAAAUGUUGAUCAUGGCUUUCAAGUAAGUCGCGGAGGAGAUCCGGAGGGCUGGCAUCUCGUGCUUUCGCUACUGAUCUUCACAGUUUGGGAGGUGGGGAGCGGACAGCUCCACUAUUCUAUCGCAGAGGAGGCCAAACACGGCACCUUCGUGGGCCGCAUCGUGCAGGAUCUUGACCUGCAGCUGCCAGAGUUGGUGCCUGGUGCCCUAGAAGGCGCUUCUGAUGCAGAUGUUGGCGAGAACGCGAUGCUUACUUACAAACUCAGUUCAAACGAUUUUUUUAUUCUUGAUAUUGUAAACAAAAAAGGCAAAGGCGAGCUCCCAGUGCUUGUUCUUCGAAAACUGAUAGAUCGGGAAGAAAACCCUCAGCUAAAGUUGUUACUGACAGCAACGGAUGGAGGCAAACCCGAGUUUACCGGAUCGGUUUCUUUGUUGAUCCAGGUGUUGGAUGCUCCUGAUAAUGCUCCCGUUUUUGACAAAUCUGUUUACGAAGUUAAGAUGUCUGAGAAUCAAGAGAAUCAAACGUUAGUCAUAUGGCUGAAUGCUACUGACACAGAUGAAGGAAUAAACAAGGAAGUGGAGUAUUCAUUUAGUUCUUUGACUCCAUCUAGCAUAAGAAAGAAAUUUUUAAUAAAUGAACAAACUGGAGAGAUAAAAGUAAAUGGCGCUAUUGACUUUGAGGAUAGUAACAGUUAUGAAAUUCACGUGGAUGCUACAGAUAAAGGACAUCCACCUAUGGUGGCUCACUGCACUGUACUCGUGGAAAUCCUGGAUGAAAACGAUAACGCACCAGAAAUAGUCCUUACUUUCUUGUCUGAUCCGGUGAAAGAAGAUGCUCUUUUGGGUACUGUAAUCGCCCUGAUCAGUGUGUCCGACCGUGACUCUGGGGCCAAUGGGCAGGUGACCUGCUCCCUGACCCCUCAUGUCCCCUUCAAGCUGGUGUCCACCUUCAAGAACUACUAUUCGCUCGUGCUGGACAGCGCCCUGGACCGAGAGACCACAGCUGACUAUAAGGUGGUGGUGACUGCCCGGGACGGGGGCUCGCCCUCGCUGUGGGCCACAGCCAGCGUGUCCGUGGAGGUGGCUGAUGUGAACGACAACGCGCCCGCGUUCGCGCAGCCCGAAUACACGGUGUUCGUGAAGGAGAACAACCCUCCUGGCGCGCACAUCUUCACGGUGUCGGCCACAGACGCCGACGUGCAGGAGAACGCGCUGGUGUCCUACUCUCUGGUGGAGCGGAGGGUGGGCGAGCGCUUGCUGUCGAGCUUCGUGUCUGUGCACGCAGAGAGCGGCAAGGUGUUCGCGCUGCAGCCUCUGGACCAUGAGGAGCUGGAGCUGCUGCAGUUCCAGGUGAGCGCGCGGGAUGCUGGUGUGCCUGCCCUGGGCAGCAAUGUGACUCUGCAGGUGUUUGUGCUGGAUGAGAACGACAAUGCACCGGUGUUGCUUGGGUCUGGGACGGGAGGUGCCGAUGGAGUGUUUAAUCAGUUGUUGACUAGAUCUGUGGAUCCUGGUCACGUGGUGACGAAGGUGCGCGCAGUAGACGCUGACUCUGGUUACAAUGCUUGGCUGUCUUAUGAGCUGCAGCCAUGGCCAGGCAGUACGCGGAGUCCAUUCCGUGUAGGUCUAUACACUGGUGAGAUCAGUACCACAAGGGCCCUGGACGAGGGAGAUGGGACUAGACAGCGCCUGCUGGUGCUAGUGAAGGACCACGGUGAGCCUCCACUGACCGCCACAGUCACCGUGCUGGUGUCUCUAGUGGAAAAUGGCCAGGCACCAAAGGUCUCAUCGCGGUCCUCUGUAGGUGCUACUGUGCCAGAAUCAUCCUUGGUGGAUGUCAACGUGUACUUGAUCAUCGCCAUCUGCGCGGUGUCCAGCCUGUUGGUGCUCACUCUGCUGCUGUACACAGCGCUGCGCUGCUCCUCUGCCCCCACGGGGGGCGUUUGUGGGCCGGGGAAACCCGUGCUGGUGUGCUCCAGUGCAGUGGGGACCUGGUCAUACUCGCAGCAGAGGCAGCAAAGGGUGUGCUCUGGAGAGGGUCCGCACAAGACAGACCUCAUGGCCUUCAGCCCGGGUCUACCUCCAUGUCCUGGAUCUGUAGAUGGAUCGGGAGAACCAUCUGUUUCUUUGGACUCCCAUGAGAAGGAAAAGUUGCAUUACGGAUUCACAUUAAACAUUAACGCGUAUUAA